AUGCUUGAUGGAACUUUAUGGAUAGAAUACAAUAGUACAUGUAGUGGAAAUAUAAGUACUACUGGUAUUAUAAAACUGGAAUAUUCUUUACCAAUAUUAAUACUUAGCAUAAUUGCUUUAAUAUUAAAUGGAUUAUGUAUUUCAAUAUUUUCAAGACAACACAGAAAAUCAGUUAUGAGAACAAGUUUACUUGUUUUGUCAGCUACUGAAGUACUGUUUCAUUUUUUUGUUUGUAUAGAAUAUACUACACAACUUAUAUGUUCAUCAAAUCCCCGAAUGAUAAGUCCUACAGAAUUUAUAUUAUUUGCUCUUAUUAAUUGGGGUUCUGAUUGUUCUUUAUGCACACGUAAUUGGUGUAAUGUAUUAAUUACUUCAGCUCGUACAGAGGUAGUUGUUUAUCCAAUGCGUAAACGACGUAUACUUUCACAUUCUUCAAUAAAAUUUAUUUAUGGAUUUUUAUGGAUUCUAUCUGGAUUUCUUGCUAUUGUACGUGCAUUUUAUGAUUAUGCAAUUGUCUGUAAUUCAUCAAAUAAUCAAAUGAAUGAUUUAAUUAUACAAUCAAGUGAAACAUCACUAUUAAAUACAAAUAAAUUAGAUUUAUCCAAUGAUUUUAAUCAAAAAACAAAUCCUGUAACAUAUAUUGAUGCUUUAUUAGCUCAAUAUAUCAUUAUUAAUUAUGAAGCAUAUUGUUUUUUCAUAUUUCAAGUUAUUGCACCAACAUUAAUUGUUUUAAUCAUGUCAUUUAUUAUAUCAUUUUAUGUUUCACCAUGGCGUGAUACUAAAAUUAUUGAAGUAACCAAUGUACUUAUUGUACAACAUUAUACUAAUUUAAAAAUUGAAUUUCAAUUAGCUAAAUUAGUUGCUGAUCUAUUAUUAACAUUUGAUUCUAUUAUUAAUAUAAUGAUUUAUGCAAUCGGUUUACCAAGUUUUCGUGAUUAUUUAAAUCGAAUGUUUAUUUGUUUAUGUCCUUGGAAUAAUAUUAUUAAUAAUAAUAUUGGUAACAAUAAUAAUAAUAACAAUAGUAAUCGUAUUCUGUUAAAUUCAGUUGCUAUGCCUCAAUCAGAAUUUCAUCCAAUCUCAUAUCAUAAUAAUAAUUCAAAAAUUACACAAUUAAAAGCAACACAUUCAUUUAAUUGGAAUAAUUAUCGUCAUGGUAUUUAUGGUUCACAUAGAGAUAAUUCUUUUCAACAUAAAGAUAAUAAAUCACAUUGUCAUUAUCAUUCAUUACAUGAUAAGAAACAAUGUCAAUAUACCAAUAAUAAUAAUAAUACUAUAGAUUCUAUUGAAAAUUCACAAUGUAAAAAUACAAAUGAAGAUUCAUUGAGUAUUAGAGAAAGAGAAAUAUGUGAUGAUAUGUGA